AUGUGGCAGUCGCUGUGCCUGCUGGCGCUGCCAGUGAUGUCACUUCUGCUGAUCUUCUCCCCUGCCGGUCGGAGCUACGAGGACCUCACGCUCGCCCCGGGGUGUCACCUCUAUCCUUUCAACAUUAGCAUCCGCAGUGACCGUCGAGGAACCUGCAGGGGAACCCACCUGGUGUACGCCUGCGUGGGUUACUGCGAGUCCAGCGCCUUCCCGUCCAGGUACUCGGUGCUGGUGGCCUCCAACUUCACCCACAAUGUCACAUCCACGUCACGGUGCUGCACCAUCAGCAAGGAGGCCAAGGUCAAAGUCCGCUUGGAGUGCCCGGGAGGUCGUCACCAUGAUGAGCUGGAGAUCCUGACGGCUAAGGCGUGUCGCUGCGACAUGUGCCGCAAGUCGCGAUAG